AUGCCCCGCUCCGACGAGGCCGAGGCCUUUUUCCACGCCGUCUACGCGGCCGUGCAGGAGAUUCCCUACGGAAAGGUGUCGUCUUACGGACACAUUGCCAUGCUCGUCGGUACCCCCCGGCGCCCUCGUCAGGUCGGCCUCUGCAUGAAGCAUCUCCCCUCGGACCCGGCCGUCCGCUUCAACAGCCAAAACGUACCUUGGCAGCGCGUCAUCAACUCCAAGGGCAUCAUCUCCCCGAGGUCCCAACCGUCGGGCGCUCAGAACCAGGCCGCCGCCCUGCGCGAAGAGGGCGUCGACGUCGCCACGAGUGCCCUGGGAGAGCUCAUCGUCGACCUAGCCCGCCACGGCUGGUUCCCCAGGCUUUUGCCGUCCGAAGCCCAAGAUGACCAAGACGAGCAAGGUCCUGACGAGAAUUAA